CAUUGUCUUUGCAGUGAAAUCCCUUCGAACCACUCAUUGUUUUGCAGACAGUAGGAGAGGCCAAAACUGUGGAUGCAAAAAAUAAUAUGAAAAAAUAGUAGCUUGUAAAUAAGAAGCGAGUUGAAGACAAACAGAUAGUGAAAUAGAAAAAAAGAGCAAAGAGCGUAUUCAAUGAAGAAACAAGGGUGUGAGGUUGAGGCAAUAGGCAUCAACUACAAGAUCUGCACAAAGACAACAAAGAAACCUUUUAAUAUCUUCAGCAAAACUCCACAAGUUGAAGCAGAAGAUGAAGCAAAGUCUGAACAAAACGGAAUUAGGCAUGUCCUCAAGGAUGUGAACUGCAUAGCAAAGCCAUGGGAAAUUCUUGCAAUUGUUGGGCCAAGUGGGGCUGGAAAAUCAUCCUUGCUUGAGAUUCUUGCUGGUAAGGCUAGUCCACAAAGUGGGACUAUAUUGGUGAAUCAAGAACCUCUAGAUAAAGCUCAGUUCAGAAAAUUUUCAGCGUAUGUUACACAAAAGGAUGCCUUGUUUCCCUUGCUUACGGUUGAAGAAACCAUAAUGUUUAGUGCAAAGUUAAGGUUAAACCUUCCUCAGGAACAACUAUGCUCCAGGGUCAAGUCACUGAUUCUAGAGCUUGGUCUAACCCAUCUUGCUAGGAGUAGAAUUGGAGAUGACAGGGUUCCCGGCAUAUCUGGCGGUGAGAAGCGCCGAGUUUCAAUUGGGGUUGAAGUCAUACAUGAUCCAAAAGUGCUGAUUUUGGAUGAACCAACUACAGGGCUUGACAGUACCUCAGCUUUGCAGAUAAUUGAUAUGCUUAAAGUCAUGGCUGACUCUAGGGGACGAACUAUAGUCCUAAGUAUCCACCAACCUGGGUACAGGAUAGUGAAGUUGUUCAACUCAAUACUGUUAUUGUCAAAUGGCAAUGUGUUGCACCAUGGCACUGUAGAUUUGCUGGGUGUGAACCUAAGGUUAAUGGCUUUAGAGAUCCCUCUUCAUGUAAAUGUAGUUGAGUUUGCCAUUGAUUCCAUUGAGACCAUUCAGCAACAACAAAAGAAAGGUGGUGAACAAGGUGAAAAUAGAAGUAUUAAGUUUACUUUGCAACAGCUCUUUCAACAAUCCAAGGUAAUUGACAUAGAAAUCGUUGGUGAGGGAAUGGAUACCACUUGUGAUUUUGCUAAUUCUGGAUUGAGAGAAACCAUGAUUCUCAGUCAUAGGUUCUCCAAAAACAUCCUUCGUACAAAGGAACUCUUUGCAUGUAGGACAAUUCAGAUGCUGGUUUCUGGACUGGUUUUGGGGUCUGUCUUUUGUAAUCUCAAGGAUGGUCUUGUGGGAGCAGAAGAAAAAGUAGGUCUAUUUGCUUUCAUAUUAACAUUUUUGUUAUCAAACACCACUGAAGCUCUACCAAUUUAUCUUCAAGAAAGGGAGAUUCUAAUGAAGGAGACCUCUAGUGGAAGCUACAGAAUUUCAUCCUAUGCAAUUGCCAAUGGCAUAGUUUACUUGCCAUUUCUACUCAUAUUAGCCAUUUUAUUCACAGUGCCUUUGUACUGGCUUAUUGGUCUAAACAGGAAUUUCAUGGCAUUUUGGUACUUUUUGAUGCUAAUUUGGAUAAUUCUUUACAUUGCAAAUUCGGUUGUGGUAUGUUUCAGUGCUCUGGUGCCUAAUUUCAUAGUUGGGAAUUCAAUGAUCGCUGGUGUCAUCGGUUCAUUUCUCUUGUUCUCUGGCUACUUCAUAUCAAAACAUGAAAUUCCAAAAUACUGGAUUUUCAUGCAUUAUAUAUCUCCAUUUAAGUACCCCUUUGAAGGGUUCCUGAUAAAUGAGUUCUCUAACUCAAAUAAGUGCUUGGAGUACUUGUUUGGGGUAUGUGUUGUGAGAGGAGAGGAUGUACUUAAAGAAGCAAAGCUUGGAGGGGAAACUAGUAGAUGGAAGAAUGUUGGGGUGAUAGUGUGCUUCAUCUUGGUUUACAGAUCUAUUUCUUAUGCAAUUCUUAGGUAUAGAUGUUCUUAA